GUUUUGUGUGAAUGUUCUACUGAACUUCUUGCUUUUCUAGUGGGACUGUUCUGUACAAUGUUGUUUAGGGUAAGGAUUUGGGAUCGUCGCUGUAGGAAUGUUCAGAUCCUUGUUGGGGCACUUUGUUGUUUCCUUCAGCAAUGUAGCCUGUAUUCCAGUGGCUGCUAGCGUGUCCUAUUUAUAAAACGAGUACGUGGGGAGAGGGAGUUGCACAAAUUUAAUAAUGAGCUAGUAUCCACAAAUAUACUUCCCCUAUGUAGAAGCUGUGCUAUCCCUUUAAGGGGCAUACCGCGUAUCGCAUAGUUUCCGGUUUCGCUAGGCUACUUCCGUCUCAGAGUAUCUUCUGGGAACAAACAUGGAGGUCGACUUGUGGAAUAGAAUCAGUAUUCCGCGCCCAGGAGCGAUUUCUACUACUCACAUUCCGUUUAAUAAAUAUACAGACAGUGAGGUAACGCACCUGUUGAAAGCCUCCGAAACGGUGUUAAAAUUACUGCGUAGUAAAGUUCUACAGACGGAAGUCCGCGUCCUGUACGCUCUACUCUACGUGCUAAACAACAGUCUGAGGCAACAUCUGCCGUUCCGGGCUAUUAAACAGGUGGAACAAUGCAUAAACCGCCUGAAAGACAUGAAGUUGGAAUCUGUUCUUCAGGACUUGAAGGAGAUGUGUCCAACAAAGGUGCAAAGGCUGGUGGGGAAGAGGACUGGUCAGUGUGAGGUUCCCAGCCAGCCCACCCUGGAGUGGAUGUGUCUCAAAGUACUAGGUGCCUGCAAGCUGAUGAUCUGCAUGGCAGAGCGCUGCUCCCGAGCCUUCCAACUUGCAGGGCAGCACCUCCACUGGCGAGAGUUCAUUGUGCUGAAUUUGGUGCUCAUGAGCAUGCUCAGUCGGCUUUGGGCAUUUUCCAAUGGGAUCAUUCGAACCCUGGCCCCUGUGUAUGAGAAGAUGAUGGUGCUCCUGCAGGAGGUGUCCCAGGCCAAGCCUAUGCCCUUCCUCUCUGAUUUCAUCCUCCCAACGGACCUGGAAGCAUUCCUGGGGCCAGUGGCAAAACUCAAAGGAGACCUCUGUGGGGCCAAAGGGAUGAGAAGGCCUUCAAUGUUGAACAGAUUGUUCACAGAGGAGGGAAGGAACAGGAAGAGGAAGCAAGCAUGCUUGCACAGGAAAUCGAGUCGGGGGAGUGACAGGGUGGACCUGGGAAGUGUAGUUUCACAGAGCCGUGCUGAGGUCACAGAUCACCUUGGUGGAUUUGAUUUGAAGUCCAUGCUCAAAAGACCAUAUGGAAAGAACAAUCAGUUUGUUUUUGGGAGGCUUACUCCAUGUGAACUGAAUAUACCCAAAACGAAGAGUACAUCACAAAAAUUGGCUGUGAUUGGUCAGAAGAAAAGCUUCCUGAAGAAGCUGAAAACCAUGUCCUCACUCAGUGACAUGGGUGCCCAUCUGCAGGAGAUGAUUGACUGGUUUAGGAGUAGGAAAAUGCGGAGAGAGAGCAGCUGUCUUCGGCUGUUGCAGUUAAAGUGUCUGAGACUGAAACGGCUGGAGGCUCAGGGGCUCAGGGUGAACAGGAAGCUGCAGAGUUUGAGAGGGGAGAUGGGUAGAGCUCUUUAUCCCGGUGAAGCCCGAAGGACUGAGCACUUCCUGUUCCUGCAGCGCUACAGGACCAGACACUGCCAUUCCCUGCACAGACAGUGGAGGAGGCUGCACUGCAGGGCUCUGUUCAGCUCAAAUAGGAAGCGCUCGUAUAAAUGCAGCAGAAGGGGCGGGCCGAGCCAGACGCUAGCAGGGGGCGGGCUCUCCCCUGAGGAAGGGACAGGGGGAGGUGGGGGUGUGACCAAUGAGGACACAGCUAGGGACGAGAAGAGCCAUGGCAUGCAUGCCUGCACAUCUGGGCAAGAUGACAUUGAUGACAUUUUUGCUUCUAUUGGGUUCUGAUCUCAGUUGACGCUAAAGCUGUUGUAGGACCUCUGUUGAUUGGUGUUUAAUAAAGGGCCUGAGUGUGGGACAUCAGAACAGUAUUUUUAGUGGUAUUUAUGCGGUUGGUGGACGGUUUGUUUCCAGCUGUGACUAAAGGAUUUUGUGUACUCAAUGCAUGACUCAAUGCAGGCCAUUGGUGUUUUAUUUUACCCCUUAAGUAAGAAACAUGUCUGAUCUUUUAGUUGUUCCUUUUUUGAACAUUUCAGAAUGGGUCCUAUGGAUUGUGCUUCAGUUUGGGUUGUAUGCUGCAAUACUGACUUGAGCAGUGCCUGAAAAUGCUCUGUGAGCUGAGAAUGUGGUCCCAGGGAAUAUGUGGCGCUUAAUUUAUAGCCUCUGGGAAAUGCAUUCUGGGUAGCUGAUGGUGAAGGUGAUUACUUUUAAUGGUUACAUAAAUCAUGAAUCCAAUAGCCUAAACUGCAAAUACAUUCCUUCAGAUUCACUUUCCUAAUACUGACACCUGCUGUAAACUUCUUUUUUUUCAUUUUCAUUAUUUAUUUCAAUUCUAGCAUACUUUUUUCAAGAAAAAGCUAAUUGCUAGAAUCUUUCCUAAAAUAAUGUGCAUGUAUUUUAAUGCUGUUCAGCUAUGAAUUAAACCUACACGUGUGUAAUUGCACCAAACUGAAGUACUUCACAGUUUUAAGUUCUUAGCAUGAUCGCAGACAUGCAGGUAUAAUCACACUGACUCUCAUGUAUGGAAAGAGCAGGUAAAAAAAGCAUGUCUUUCAGUUUUAAUGUUUCCAUUUUGCAGUCAGACUUUCAAUAGUCUGUAAGAUCGGCAUUCUGGGAGCCGGAGCUGAGUGUACAAACCUCAGCACGUAACUACUAUUAAAGCAGGAAUUCACUGUUUGUUGUCUUGUCAGGUGGUUCCAAACCGUGCUUUUAAAUAUAACGCCCUAUAUAAUGAAUGCCUCUUUUGGAGUGAGUCUGUCUGAUGUGCUCUGUGGAAUACCUGUAAGGGGUAAUUCAUAAACUACAGGGUCAUUUCAA